UUAUGAGGGGCUCCCACUAUCCAUGUGCCGAGUUCCUGGGUCUGUACACCCGCUGUGCCCAUUAUGAGGGGCUCCCACUAUCCAUGGGCCGAGUUCCUGGGUCUGUACAUCCGCUGUGCCCAUUAUGAGGGGUUCCCACUAUCCCUGUGCCGAGUUCCUGGGUCUGUACAUCCGCUGUGCCCAUUAUGAGGGGCUCUCACUAUCCAUGGGCCGAGUUCCUGGGUCUGUACAUCCGCUGUGCCCAUUAUGAGGGGGUCCCACUAUCCAUGUGCCGAGUUCCUGGGUCUGUACACUCGUUGUGCCCAU